UCUGUGAGUAUCACUGUCUCUCUACUCUUACUGAAAUCUUCCUGGCAAAAUUGCUCUCAAAAUGCAGAACUGGACUUGCAUCACUUACUUAAGCAGGACGUUGGAGAACUAAAGGGUUGCUCCGCAAUUAUCCAAGGAGACAUGGAUGGAGUGGACAACGAAAUCUUUAGGAAGCUCCUGGCCUCCAAGAAAAGAACAUCCCUGCUAUUAGAAUCAUUCUAUCUUAAUUCAACCAAGAACUGUCAAUCCUACAUCAGAGACAGAGGGUUUCUGACAGUUCCUCUCAGUAAGGAGAAAGAUUUCCCUAUUGCUUAUUCCAUGGUGAUCCAUGAGAAGAUUGAGAUGUUUGAAAGGCUACUGAGAGCCAUUUACACUCCUCAGAAUGUGUACUGUGUUCAUGUGGACCAGAAGUCUCCUGAGAUAUUUAAAGAAACAGUUAGGGCCAUUGUGUCUUGCCUACCUAACGUGUUUGUGGCCAGCAAACUGGAAAGUGUGGUCUACGCCUCCUGGUCUCGAGUUCAAGCGGACAUCAACUGCAUGCAGGAUCUGCUCAAGUCACCUGUCCAGUGGAGAUAUCUGCUCAACACCUGCGGCUCUGAUUUCCCCAUUAAAACCAAUGCAGAAAUGGUGUGGUCUUUAAAACAUCUGAAUGGGAAGAACAGUAUGGAGUCUGAGGCCACAAAUGUUAACAAAAAAAGGCGCUGGCAGUAUCAUUGCAAUGUUUCACACUUUGUGAUUGAAACCGAUGUUAAAAAGUCGCCUCCACCAAUAAAGUCACCCAUGUUUUCAGGAAAUGCUUGCUUUGUAGUUUCAAGAGAAUUUGUGGAUCACGUCUUCAAAAGCAAAGAGAUUCAGGAUUUCAUGGAAUGGGAGAAAGACACGUACAGUCCAGAUGAGCACAUGUGGGCUACAUUACAGAGGAUGCCAUCAGUGCCGGGAUCAAACCCUCCCAACAUUAAGUACGAUCAAUCGGACAUGAAUGCAAUUGCUCGUCUGGUAAAAUGGAGCUACCUUGAAGGGGAUCUAACAAAUGGGGCUCCAUACCCACCAUGCAAUGGGGAACACAGACGGGCAGUAUGUGUGUAUGGAGCUGGGGACUUGAAAUGGAUUGUGAGGCAACACCAUCUCUUAGCAAACAAGUUUGACCCAGAAGUAGAUGACAUAGCAAUCCAAUGCAUAGAGGCUUUUUUAAAGUACAAAGCUAUUUAUGGUCAGUCAUUACUAACUGUUCAAAAAUCAAAUAUUAUUUUAUGAUGCUGUUACAUUAUAAUGUCUGAAUAUUUCUAUAAAUAUUGUAAAGCAAGAAUCAAUUUAUUAAAUAUAAUAUAAAUGUAUU